AUGGAGGCUAAGGAUCCAUUAUCAUUGUUUUCUUCUGUCAAGAUUGAAAAUGAAAAUUGUCUGGAUAACCCAAGUUCAGUUACAGAUCAUAAUGAUGGCUCAUUGCUGUUAGGCCCAUCAGUUAAGGUCGAGGUCAAGGCUGACCCAGAAGAUUAUGAGUUUGGUGAAAUGGCAGACAGUGAGAAGGAGUCAGUGAUUAGUGACGAAGAAGAAAGCAAGAAAAUAAUUGUGGAAGUUUGUAGACCUAAAGAAGAGAAACGGUUCACUUGUACAGAAUGUGGAAGUGGCUUUGCAAAAGCACAUAACCUCAAAGUGCACAUGAGAACUCAUACUGGAGAGAAACCUUACACCUGUGCUGAAUGUCAGAGGAGCUUUACCAAACUAGAUAGUCUCAAAGCUCACAUGAGGAUUCAUACAGGAGAGAAGCCAUUCACCUGUACUGAAUGCGGAAGGAAAUUUUCACAGCCACGUAGUCUUAGAAGGCACAUCAAAAUUCAUACAGGGGAGAAACCCUUUAUUUGCCCCAAGUGUGAUGGUAGGUUUUCAGAGUCAGAUAAACUCAAAAGACACUUAGGAACUCAUACUGAAGGUGGUCUGAGAGUGCAUAUGAAAAUUCAUACUGGAGAAAAGCCAUUUUCUUGCAAUGAAUGUCAAAGUAGUUUUUUACAGUUAAGUCAUCUGAGAAGGCAUAUGAGAAUUCAUACAGGAGAGAAGCCUUACUCUUGCAGUGAAUGUCAUAUGAGUUUUUCUCAGUCACAUGGUCUAAAAGUUCACUUGAGAAUGCAUACAUGA